CCUCCCAUCGGCGGGCGGACUUCAGCUUUUCUUAUCAGCCUUCCUCCGAGCGACUCGCUCUUCUGUCCCUGAGCCUCCAUCCUCCAGCCGUGUCCAGCCCGUCCCCAGGAUGACUGACCUCCAGGCCAAGUUUGAAGCAGCAGCAGCUGAGGUGAAGCAGCUGAAGGCGAAGCCUGCAGAUGAGGAGAUGCUGCGGAUCUACGCCCUGUUCAAGCAGGCCAAUGUGGGCGACGUCAACACAGCUCGACCAGGGAUGCUGGAUUUCACUGGGAAAGCUAAAUGGGACGCCUGGGAGAAGCUGAAAGGAAAGAGCAAAGAGGACGCCAUGAACGAGUACAUCGCCCUGGUGGAGGAGCUCAAGGGGAAGUAUGGAGUCUGACUCUGUCUCUGUCAGUGACCAGAUGGAGGAAACCUUCGCCGUGCCGCUGUGAGAAAGCCUUAAAGCCAGCAGAGUGCCCCCACGCCUGAUCUUUCUGCUCCCCACAUUGUUGUUCUCAUCAUCUGUACAGAGUCCUGCCAUUUCAAUACAAAACCUCUCUUAUCCGUG